AUGAAUAUAUUUAUAUUAAAAAAAAAAAAAAAAGGUUAAAACAUUGUUUAAUACCCAAAGCCAAGAAGUUCCAGUCAUGCGUACUUCCUGUUUCACUUCACUCCCUUCGACAGCCAAACCGGAUUCUGUUGCGUUAGAAGCUUGUGGAUGUAAGACAUGGUGAAGACCUAUUUUGUGCAAAGUUAGGGAUGAACGUCACAAAUGCGGACGCAGCCCUUGGGAUUUUUGGGGAUGUCGUAACGUUCCAGAGGGCGUGCCGUGCCGCCACGCUACCUUGUAAACGUUGAGCGCUUCGACGGGAAACCCACCAGUCCGUCAACAUGGCUCCCCUCUCCAUGUUCCGAGGGCCACUUCUGGUGUCGUUUUCGGUGUUUGUGACUGUGCUGUUGGGUUUUGGAUUGCCUCAUCUACUGAACGCAGCGAUGAGGAUGUUGGGCUUACCAGACACUAGUGUAACCGAGUGCAUAGUUGUGCUGUAUUUCAUUUUGGUGUUGUAUGUGGCGACGCCUCGAAUUCCUAGAGGAUCGAUUGAGGUGAAGGGAAAAGCUGUGUUGGUUACAGGUUGUGACAGUGGAUUUGGUCAUGCACUUGCCAAACAGCUACACAAGCUUGGCUUCACGGUCUUUGCUGGAUGUCUUUUUAAGGAUAACGGUGGAGAGGGUGCAAAGGAACUGGAAGAAUUUCAUUCAGAUGGCAUGAAGGUAGUCCAGCUGGACGUCUGCAGUGACGAGCAGGUGGACCAGGCUGUGGAAUAUGUCAAGGAGAGCCUGGAGGACACAAAAACAGGUCUUUGGGCUGUGGUGAACAACGCUGGACUGUCAACGUUUGGGGAAGUAGAGUUCACCCCCAUGGACACCUACAAGCAGGUGUUGGAGGUCAACCUGUGGGGCACCAUCAGGGUCACCAAAGCGGUUCUGCCAUUAAUCCGCAGGGCCAAAGGACGUGUUGUGAACCUGUCCAGCAUGAAUGGGCGGAUGGGAGGCGCCUUGCAGUCAGCUUACAGUGUAUCUAAAUAUGGUGUGGAAGCUUUUUCUGAUUGCCUUCGCUAUGAGAUGAAGACCCGGGGAGUUAAAGUGUCCAUAAUCGAACCGGGCAACUUCACCGCAGCCACCAGCAUCAUGACCCGGGACGCCGUGGCCAGCACAGCCAAUAAGCUGUGGAGGGAGGCUCCCUCGCAAGUCAAGGAGGAUUAUGGGAAAGCCCACUUUGAGCACCUAAUGGCUCUGAUCCGCUCUUCCUCCAACAGUGGACAGAAGGAUCCGGCUUCUGUUCUGGAUGACAUCACUGAUGCCAUCAUGUCCAAGCAUCCUUACACACGGUACCACCCCAUGGAGCCACACAGCUGGAUCAGAGUUCAGCUGAUGACCCACCUUCCUGGCGCCAUAUCUGACUUCCUCUACUUCUAAAAAGAGGAGCUGUUCCCGUAAAGAGCUCGCUCCGUGUCACACAGCAGCAUAUUAUUCAACUAUGUAGCUACAGACUCUCUCUGCUACGUGUGCCUCAGUACUUUAAAUCAUUCACUGAUCAAGCCUUAAAACAAUGAUUUUUAUAAACUGCAAGUUUUAGCUUUUUUUUUUUUUUUUUUUAAAUGUUACAAUCACAGUAUCAUUCUUUAAGACUGAUUUGAAUAAAGUGACCAAAAUGUGGUGA